GGAUGGAGGAGGAGGACGACGACACGCACCUGUGCCUCAAGUGCCGGGCGACCAUCACGGGGCUGGACAACUACGUGCAGCACCGCAAGGCGGGCUGCCCGCCGCGCCACGGCCAGGAGCUGCGCGCCGACGACUUCUUCUCCUCGCUGGAGCUGCAGAGCUCCGCCAAGAAGGCCGCCGCCGCCUCAGCCGCGCCCGGAACCGCCGCCGGCAGCAACGAGCGCGCCGGCCGCGACACAGACGAGGAGGAAGAGGAGGAGGAGUACAGUGACGGAGAGGAGCUCGCGGACUUUGAGGAGGAGUGCCCGCCCCGCGGCCACACAGGCGGCAAGUGGCGGCCCAGCGCCUGGGCUGGGGGCGGCGCCGCGGCGCCCUUGCCGCCCCCGCCGCCGCUGGAGCCGCCGCCCUCCUUCACCGGCGGCAAGUGGAGGCCGCAGCUGUCACCCCAGGAACACCGACCGGGCUCACCUCCCCUUCACCAGCAGGAGGCUUCCAGUGGCAGCAGCGCCAGCGGUCGGUGGCCAGAGACCGAGCAACCCAAAGAGCAGCAGCAGCAGACGAGGAGCCGCCAGGAGCCAGAAGAUGACGACGAAGAGGAAGAGGGCGGGGGCGGUGGUCCGCCGCCGGGGCACACGAGCGGCAAGUGGGUGCCCGGAGGCCGCGCGGUGCGCAAGCAGGGGAGCACUGUGCAGUACUGGUGCGGCGCCUGCUGCCGGCGGCUCAGCUCGCGCGCGCUCUACCAGCGCCACCUGCAGUCCGAGCUGCACUUCAAGCGCACCCUGCUCGAGCGACAGCUGGAGAGCAGCCGCCCGCCGCAGCUGCAGCCGCAGCAGAGGCCGCGCGCCAAGCGGGUCGUGCGCCGCACCGCCGCCUACAUCAACAGCCACCUCUGGGCGCCCAGCAAGCGCCGCCGCCUACAGGAAGAGGCAGACCGCCAGGCGGCAUCGCAAGCCGUGGCCCCCUCGAGCCCCCCGCCACCUGCCACCAGCGCCAAGCAGAGGCCAGCAGCUGCUCAGGAGCCACGGCCGCAGCAUAACCAGCGCCAGCGACAGAAGCGGCUGGCGCAGUGCGAGGCGUGCCGUGCGCGGCUGCAGCGCCACCAGUGGGGCCAGCACCUGCUGUCGCACUACCACUGGCAGCGCGGCGCCGCAUCUGCACCACAGCUCCACCGCCAGCUGGUGCUGCGCCACAUGCCCGCCAUCGCCAGGCUGGCGCCCUUCCGCUGCCAGCCCUGCCACUUCUACUUCAACACUGCCCACGAUCUCGAGCAGCACGUCCGCUCCCGCGAGCACCAUCAGCGCGAUACAGAGUUGCAGGGCGACUACUGGUGCUCGCUGUGCCGCGCCUCGUGCGGCAGCGCGGCCGCCCUGCUGGGCCACCUGCGCUCGCAGGCGCACGCCGAGCUGGUGGCGGCGGCCGCCGGCUCGCUGCCCGUCGAGCUCCGCCGCCGCCGCCUGCCACUGUGCACCGACUGCGGCCGGCGCUUCCAGCUGCGCGCGCAGCUGCUGGCGCACGCCCGCCGCCGCGGCCACUACCGCGCGCUGCGGCUGAUGCAGAGGGUGGCCAGGCCGUGCCUCCGCAGCUGCGCCCAGUGCAGCCUGCGCUGCCAGUCGUGGGCCGAGCUUCAGCGCCACGUCAAGAAGGCGCACGGUCGGGAGCUGUUCUUCUGCUCGGCGUGCUCGCUGGAGUUCGGCAGCAGCGCGGAGGCGCUGGCGCACCGGCGCUCCACGCGGCACCGCCACACGGCCAUCCGGCACCUGGCGGGCCCCCGCCGGUGCCACUACUGUCCCCUCACAGUGGACGGGCUGCCCAGCCUCCAGCAGCACAUCCGCGUCGUCCACCCUCACCUCAUGAGCGCGUGUGCGAUGUGCGGCAUGAAGUUCGCCUUGGCGCAGCAGCUGGCGCGGCACGUGCGCGACAAGGCGUGCGCGUUCCCCACGCAGGGCGCCGCUGCAGAGCAGAGCAGCCAGGAGCAGCCGGAAGCAGCGGCGGCGACUUCGGCCGUGGCAGACGCGGACCCUGCUCAGCAAGUCGAAGAGGAACCUCAGCAGGCCCCAGAGGAGGCGGCCGGGGCUCCGCCUGCCUCUGCCGCAGACUGCGACCCGUUGUCCACGGCAGUCGCUGUCGAGUCCGAGGCAUCGGAGGGGCUACUCAAAGAACACGCGUGCACCCAGUGCCCCUACCGCUGCUCCACGCGGGUCGAUCUCUUAUUCCACACGGUGCUGCACGGCGCGCCGUCCAAGUCGCAGCUGCAGUGUCCCGAGUGCGGCGCCGUGGUGUCCAAGCGGGCGCUGCGCUCGCACCUGUGCGUACACACGGGCGAGCACCCCAGCCGCGCCGCGCUGCUGGCGCGCUCCAAGUUCCCGGCCGCGCCCUGCGCCGUCUGCGGCUUCCGCGCCGCCAACGCCGUCACCAUGCGGCGGCACGCGCGCCUCCACGCGCCCCGACCCAGGAACUUCGUCUGCGCCAAGUGCGGCAAGGCCUUCUACGACAAGACGACGCUGCAGCAGCACGAGAAGGUGCACUCUGGAAAGACGGUGCCCUGCGACCACCCCGGCUGCAUGUACCGCUGCCGGUCGCUCUCAGAGCUGGCCUUCCACCGGCGGACGCACUCCGACGAGCGCUCCUUCCACUGCGACGCCUGCAACUUCUCCACCAAGACCAAGUCGCAGCUCGUCCGGCAUGUGAAGAUGCACCUGAACGAGCGCGCGCACCGCUGCCAGCACUGCUCGUUCAGCUCGAGGGUGUCUUCCCACCUGCGCAGACAUAUGCGGGUUCACACUGGGGCCAAGCCCUUUCGCUGCCCUCAUUGUACCUUCACCUGCAGCAGCCUUGAGAACCUACGUAAACACGUGCUGAGCACCGCGAAGCACCAGGGGAAGUACAUGUACCAGUGCCACCUGUGCGACCUGGGCUGCAACUUGGCGGCCGACUUCCGUGCGCACCUGGUGGCCGCGCACCCCAACGCCUUCCCCGACAGCGAAUGCGCCGCGUCGUACGCCACGGGCAUCUACCAGCGCGCCGACGACCCAGUCUCCGUCGACCAUCCACUCGAGCGUCGCCCGCGGAAGCGGAAGAGGCAGCCCGAGUCCGCGGGCAGCUCUCAAGACCCGCCAGUGGCGAACCCAGCCGCACUACCUACUGUGCGAGAGCCCGAGAGCUGCGUCGCUUCUCGUGGAUCUGCCAACCACCUCAAACAGCUGCAGCCUGGUGAUCUGACUGCCCAGCCGGCCAACGAAGAGGUCUCGUCUGUGAAAGUGAAAUCAGAGCCCACAACACUGCAUUCUGACGAUCGGACUCUGCUGGAACCCGGGGAACAAACAGUGGGGCAGUCCCUGCCCAAAAGGAAACUGCAGCCCUCGACACCGAAGUCAGCUACCUCAACAGCUUCAAACUGCUCACCGCCAGGGCAUCAGACGACAUCCCAGACGGCGCAGGCGAAGCACAGAAUACGCCUCGUGACUGCGACAAAGUCGGCGGCACAGCAUCCCGUUGGCAGUGUUCGUCAACUGACUCCUUCGGUACCUCCCCCACUCCAAAUUUCUCCACUGUCGAUUCAGAUCCCGGUGGUACCGACGGUGACGACACAAAUACAACCGAAAAUAGCCAUUCCAGCCAUCAGAAAUUCUACGGCUGCUACAGCUGCGCGUCCACUGGUUGGAGUGCCUGUUCCUCAGCUGCAGACGUUUCGGGCCACAACUGGCUGUCAGGUGCCACAGCUGCUGGUACAGCCGGCACCGUUAGCAUUCAUUCUGUCACAGCCGGGCAACGUCCUUCAGAAGUCUGCAGCCACCAUUCAGCCCAAGGGUACUGCUAGUCCAGCACUAGUGACAGUACGUGCCGAAAGUCCCAGGACCCUAACACCUUCUGUGAUCCAGCUCUCACCAUCUGUCAUCUGUACUCCUCAGCUACAGUUAGCAUCCAACGUUUCUGUCGGUAAAAAAAUACGACCUUUAUCCUUGACGACAUUGUCCUCAGUACCAGCAACCAAAGAAUCUUUGAUCACUCCUGCUACGAUCUCUUCAAAAGGCGAGACUCAGGCAAAAUUUACAAGAAACGUUAUAGUAAAAUCUCAGCCACUUCAGAAAGCCGUCCAAUUACAGAAAGCAACAGCAUCAGUUCCAGCAACAGGAAAAAAGUUUCCACCACUUCUGAGGCCAGCUUUGGGUGUGACGCUCCAAAAGACAGCCCAGUCUUCAGUGACAGCUACAACAUCUGUGGCCUCGCUGACAACACCAAUGAGUGGAACGCCAAGUGAUCAUCAGGACUAUAUCAGUCAGACAAGGAGUGGCGUUGCGAGGAUCCUUACCACAAUGGACAACGCGGAGCGUCCUGUCACAGCAUCAAGCAAUGAGACACAAGCGAGCAGCGGCAUCAAAGUGGAAGACAGCGAUACGGACGAACCAGCUGACCAGCGGUGACGCCACUAAGCUGCGAACAACCUCAUCGUAGGAGUGACAUCUAAUGCGACGUCCCCACGUCAUGACGCACGUCGUCAGAGUACGUGCAGUGAAAGACAAUCCGUUGCUUUAUUUUCUUCGUUAACACGCGAGGGGAUCCGUCAGUCAAUACGAAACAGAAAUAUCUGGGAAACAGCAACAUUAUCAGUCGAGCACUACAGCCGACAGCAGCGUGUAUUAGUUUUAUGUGAGCGAUAUUUCAAAGCCAGCCCGUCUUCGUAAAAAAGGAGACGUGAAUCUCCGCAAUGAAAAUAUCAUCGAUAUUAAAUAAACUUCAUUGAAAGGGAUUGGCUCUGUAAGUUUCUUCUUUUUUCGCAACUGAAGUCGUUGUUUGGAUCGGUCAUUUCUGCAUCAGAAAACGGGAAACUCGUGUGAUUUCAGUGGUUAGCGGGAUUUGUGAUGGUUUAUUUGCGGGGUUCCUCGCCCUAUUGAUGACUCCAUUCUGCGUGCAGAAUAUUUCGACGUCUGAUCUAGUCGUCUUAUUGAGGUUGUGACAUUCGUGGCCAGUGCCAACACUUUUUAUGUCGAAAUUUGUCUGGAUAACGCAUCAAGUGGAGGUACAACCAUUUUCACAUUCAUUAAAAAUACUUAUUUUCUGAUCGGCUGUGCAGUCUAAGGUGGAAAGUCUCAGGCCGUCUAUACAGCAGGUAUUGCUUACUGGUUGUUACAUCAGUUUUAAAAAAAGAAACACUCAGUCAUAUGUUUCCAAUAAAAAAUAAAAACCCUGCUUCUCAAGUCAACGUGGCUAACAUCUUUCUAGUCACAAAUUUAUAAGAAAUAUCACGGAGCCGUCGGUACUGACUGACACUCGGCCUUAUUCAAACAAGAGAGCAGCAAUUUUCGUCACUUCUCUCAGAAGCGGUUUUAUUUUUUAAGACACCGCUAUUUACGUGAUUAGUUAGGUGUAAAAACGCAUUCCAAGAGGUAUGUUGAUGGAACGCCAAAAAUACGCAAUUAAGGAUUUUAAAUGAUGUUCUUCAUAGAAUACCAGUUAAUUUGGUUUAUAAUCACCAUUUAUAAUUGUGUAUUGAGAUUGGAUUUGCUAGACAAAGACAUUGGUAUUGGUGACAUUUAAAACCAACUACUUUUCCCCAUUACAAAUAUUGUAAUAAUAAUUUCGUUGAUGCAAGUCAUUCACUGUGCGUAAAGGUUGAUAUGGCGUUAAAAUCUUCCAGUGAUGAAUAUACUGGAGGUAAUUAACGAUUUUAUAUGACUAAAUUAAUUCUUUAUUCUUAAAAUAUAGACUUUUCAUUUGCAUUCAGUUGUCUAUGCCGAGUUAGUUUUAUACUCUGUAUAGUCACUCUGAUGUGUGGUUUGAUCAAAAUGAUGCAAAAUUACCUACGAAAACCACCAUAUAUCAGGUGUGAUGGGUCACUUAAACGAAGCAAUCCUCUACGAAACCUGCUAUGUCACUAUGAAUUGUGUGACCUCCCGUUUUCCAAUAAACUUUACUAUUAUUUGGCGCGUACACGAGACUGAGAACUGGACUCGAAAAUUCUGCUGACUCAGGGAUAUUAACACGAGUAGGUGUAUUUAGUAUGUCUAGCAGUAAAUGAAUCGUAAAAUUACGGUAUUGGCUGCACUAUGUUACGUGAAAUCGAUAUCUGGCUGAAACGUUAGGUAAUUGUACGUUACGUGUCAAAGACAUUCCACGACGCUGGAGGCAAUCAAUUAUGGGGCUUGUGUAUGCUGUCGAUCUACUAUCCAUGAAAAUAAAAAAAAUAAUUCGAGCUAUAUCAGAAGAUACUCAGAACAGAGAUUUUAUUUACGCUUGCUGCCAGAAAGUUUCAUUUGUCUUUCAUUGUGUGCAAAAAUUGAGGCGUCAGUUAGAAUAGAAACGUGACGACAUGCCAUCAGUCAAGAAUCCGUGUCGCUUGAAGUAAGUCAGGAUAGAACUCCCAUUUCAUUGAUGGAUGCGCCCAAACUAUUGGCCUUCGUUGUUUUACUACCUCGAUUGCUACAGGCAGCACCUGCCCCUUCCGUAUGAAAUGCAUAUGAAUCGGCAAAUGUUUGACUUCCAUCUAUCAAAACGUAGACGUGUUACAUAUAUAUAUGAAUGUCUUCAACAGACGUUGGUCAGUCAACUGCAUGUUUAAAUUUACAAUAGUAAGUGUGGUUAUGAGGUAGUGGUAAAUAGGUUUGUUUUAUAACGCACAGUCUUAAGAAAAAUGUUCAGACGGAGGGGGUAAAGUUCGUUUGUGAAUAUCAAAGGACAACUCAAACUCUGUUCCGAAAUGUAUGUCGUUUUUAUAUCUUCAGAAUAGCACAUCGUUGUUAAAAUGCCACUAGUGUUUAUAAACUCAGCUUUUAAAGUAAACGCAAAUUAUUAUACUUGAUACUUCCUGCUAAAGAAUGGAUUUUUGACGCUGUUCUCAUUUUACCUUUUGUGGCUAAUCAGCAUCCGGGCAGAACUCCAUGUAAUAUAUAUUCUAUCGCCGUCUUUGUAAUGUCUUUCAUUCAUAAUAGUAUAGGCAGCAUGCGGGCUGCUCAUAGAAACGCAUCUACUACAAAGGUUCCCUGAAGUCGUCACUGCAGUUGACAGCUACAAACAAUUGCGCUUCAGCCUUUCUAGCACUGCCUCCUGUCUAGAGCUGUUUCUCAAAAGUGUUCCAGCGCUGGAAGAAGCAGUGGCCUUUCAGCUUCCACCGAGGAGACAUUCCAGUAGUGAUCAACAGCAAUGUACGCCGUGAUCCCUCUUACUUGUCGUCGUACGACUAUCGCCAACUAGCCGAAGUGCAACAGAGUCCAAUUGAAAAUAACAUAACGACCUAUUUUGUAACAGUUCAACCUUUAAAUAUUGUGUCUUUCAUAUUGCUCGUUAUUCAUUGCUAUGAAAUGUAGAAUUUUGUGAAUAAAACGUUUAAAUACA